UGGUAUCUGCGCUCUGAUUGGACGGAUUAAAGCAACAGGAUUAUUAUGGGAGCAUCGACACGGUGACGGCCGGCCGAAGUGACAACAGACCGAUGACAGACAGGAAGGAGACACACACCUCUGACCAGUGUCUUGGCGAUGUUUGCGGGCCGAGUGUCGGGAGCCGCGGUCGGGCCGGGGGCCGCGGGAAAAGGCGGGAAGUUUUCGGUGGAGGAGCUGUACGGCUUCAACAUGAAGCCGAAGGUCACCAAAGGGCAUUCUGGGAAAGGGGAGCAGAGCGAUGGGAAGAGAGAAGCCAAGGAGAAGGAGAAGGAAGAAUCAGUGCUGGCCUCUCAGAUCCUGGAGGCAGCCAGGAGACUGAUGGAGAGACGCAGGCUCGAGAUCUACCUCAGGGAGUGUGAGGUUACCAUGGAGACCAGCAGCAUGCCCUACAGGAAUCUUGGGAAAUCUGGACUGAGAGUGUCCUGCUUAGGCCUGGGAACAUGGGUGACGUUUGGCUCUCAGAUCUCUGACGAGAUGGCGGAGAGUGUGAUGUCGGUAGCGUACGACAGUGGAGUGAACUUGUUCGACACGGCUGAGGUCUACGCCUCAGGGAGGGCAGAGAGGACUCUGGGAAACAUCCUGAAGAAGAAAGGAUGGAGGCGGUCCAGUUAUGUGGUGACUACGAAGCUCUACUGGGGAGGACAGGCAGAGACAGAGCGAGGGUUGUCCCGGAAACACAUCAUUGAAGGUCUGCGUGGCUCUCUCUCCAGGUUACAGUUGGACUACGUGGACAUCGUCUUUGCCAACCGGAGUGACGUGAACGCACCGAUGGAGGAGGUGGUUCGAGCGAUGACCUUUGUGAUCGAGCAGGGAAUGGCCAUGUACUGGGGAACAUCACGCUGGAACGCCGUCGAGAUCAUGGAGGCGUACUCUGUGGCGAGGCAGUUUAACCUGGUUCCUCCGGUGUGUGAGCAGGCCGAGUAUCAUUACUUCCAAAGAGACAAAGUAGAGCUGCAGCUGCCAGAAUUAAACAUGUCGCUUAGAGGUCAUUUCUCUUCAGUUCUGAUCUCACUGCUGAGCUGCACAACCAACCAAGUCUCUCUGACUGUGAGUCCCAGCAGCUCUCAGAUGUUUGUAGGACAGAAUGUCUCUCUGAGCUGUGAGGAGGACGACAGCUCUGCUGGAUGGACUCUGAGAGGGAACACAACCAGAAAACCAGACGUGAGUGUAAAGACUGGGAAGGAAUAUCUGCUGGUUCUUCCUGUAACAUCAGCUACAUGCCCCAUCACAGGGAGUUUUACUGGUGGACCAGUGAUCCUGCAGAGUCCUGUCCUCCCUGUGACGGAGGGAGAAGACCUCACUCUGCUCUGUAAAACAAAGACGUCCUCCAACCUCCCAGCUGAUUUCUAUAAAGAUGGCUCCUUCAUCAGGACUGAGCCUGCAGGUCACAUGACCAUCCACCAUGUUUCCAGGUCUGAUGAAGGCCUCUACAAGUGUAACAUCAGCAGUGAUGGAGAGUCUCCACCCAGCUGGGUCUCUGUCACAGUCGGUUUUCUGGUUCUCCUGGUUCUCCUGGUUCUCCUGGUUCUCCUGGUUCUGCUGGUGAGACGAUGCAUCUGUAGGAAACCUAAAGGUUAG